AUGGGGGGCUGUGCGACUAAGCCUAAGGUCUUGAAGGGAGACGACGAUUUCGCACCUGAACCGGCACCGGCAAAGGAACCGGAAACUGCACCGGUGACCACCAAGGAGGGCUAUGAAGCGAAGGAGGGUGUCAAUGGGGAAGAAGCAAAGGGGAUCACCACCCAUGAAGAAGGUGACAAGAUCGAAGUAGGGAUUGAGGAGAAGGUCGGGGAAGAAAAGCCACGCUCUCUAAGCAACUUGUUCGAGGAGAGUGAACAAGAGAAAGAAUCAUCAGGAAAUGGUGAUGAAACAAUUAACAAUGAAGAAAAUCCCAAUAUUGAGACCACCGCCACGUCCCCCCGAUCCACGGCUGAGUUGAAAUCCUCCCGAGUCAUUGACACUGCUUCGGAGGAAAAACCAGUCACCACCGCAGCUGACGUUCAAACAGGAAAAACUGACAAAACUGACGAGAUUGAACAAGAAGAGAAAGAAACAUCAAGGAAUAUUGGUGAAACAAAUCAAACAGUAGUCCUUCCAUUGGAUCCAGUACUGAAACAUGAAGAAAAUCCCAAGAUCGGGAUGAUCACCACCACCACAGCUCCUCCUCCUCCUGCGGCCGAUGAAUUGGAAUCCACCCCCGUCUUUGUCGACGCUGCUUCUGAAGAACAAUCAUUGACAGCCGCAGAUCAGAGGGGAAAGCAAGAGAAUUAUCAAAAGGAAAAGAGAAAGGAAGAGGAGAGCGUAUCUAAUGCCAAGGAUGUUAAAAUGAUGGAUAAGGCCGAAAACGAUGAUCAAAUACAAGAAAAAACUGUUUUGACGGCGGCUUCUGCAACCGUCGGGGUUGCUGAAAGCCCAGCAACUAAAGAUUUUAAGUAA